CUAGCUUUCUCUCUCUUCCUUUUUUUUCAAUUUUGGGGACAACUGACAUCAGCAUCUCAGCUGCAUUUUGGCGGAAAAUUUCCCCCCAAAAACACACCCCGUUCCCGUUUUCCCAACCAAACGGGAGUUUUUUUUUUUUUGGUUUGUCCUUUAUUUUUAAUUGCACAUAUUAUUAUUUUAUUUUUGCGCUGGUACAAUUGGACGUUCCCCCCUUUCGUCCAGUACUUCCUCUGGUAGUGUAAGGAGCCUAAUGACGUUUUAGACCCAGGAGUAGUGUGAGAAUGGUACAUUGAGUCAUUGCAAUAGCAUCUCUCAUUGAGUCAUUGCAAUUGUUCGUUUGUUCUUCAUCAAAAUUUGAGUUAAUCCGUAUUAAGUUCUGGGAUUCGCCUAAUUUUGUCAUAAUCAUGGAACCAGGUACAUUCGAUUCUCUAACCCAAUCUCGCUAUAUUUCAUUUACUCUUCCCGUUCACUCUCUUUCUUGCCCAAUUGACUAUUUUCAGACCAAAAACCUUCAAAUUUCUGUUCUUGAUUCACCUUUACAACCGAUUAAUCCCCCCCAAAUUGCAGCUAUGUUAGUCCCAAAACACCGUGAAAAUGAUUGGAUUUUCGCCACUGAAUCUGGGCAUCUCCAGCUUUUAUUGGCUUCUCCUGGAAUCUCCAGGUUAAUUUUAAUUGGUAAUGCUUCUAAUGGUGAUAUUAAUGUUGGUAAUUUGUAUAAAAGAUCAAUUGAAAAUUGCCCAAUUUAUAGGGAGAAAUUGGAGAGAAGUUUAUACCCUUUGUUGAUGGCUUUAUUACCAAAGGAAAUUGCUCAAUUGGGAAAUGUUGAAGUACCCUUUUUGAGUUAUGAGGAUAGUGUAAUUAGUAGUGUUGUAUUAGAGAGCUGCACUGGGUCUUGUGUUGGGGAAAUUCUGGUUGAAGAUGUCGAAAUUGAGGGUUCUAGGAGGGAAUUUAGGAGAAGGUUGAGGUUUAAGAGAAUGCCCAAUUUGAUACAGACUGAAAUCAGUGUUGUGCCAAAUAAUGGAGUUGAUGAUACUGGAUUGAAUUCUUUAUGUAUUGAAGAGGCGGAGUUUUGUCCGGAUUUAGGGGUGUUGGUGCAUCCUUACUUGGCACCGAUGGUGGCCGGUCUGUCCUUGAUCAGUGGGUAUUUACAGGAGUGUAUUGAAUCUAAGGUUAGGCCAAAAGGGCUUUGCAUUGGUGUUGGAGGUGGGGCAUUGCUUAGUUUCCUAUCCUUGCAAUUAGGAUUUGAGGUUGUUGGUAUUGAGAUGGAUGAAGUGGUUUUGAGGAUCGCAAAGCAAUAUUUUGGGCUACAAUGUGGUAAUGGUAUUCAGCUUUGUUUAGGAGACGGGAUCGAAAUAUUAAAGAAGGUAGCAUUGUUUGACUGUGAUAAUGGAUCAAGUCCUUUGGUUGCCAAUAGCGUAGGAGAGGAAUAUAGUAAGAAUUAUUUUGAGUUAUUUGGCCCUAAAUUUCUUGUUAUCAUGGUUGAUCUGGAUUCUAGUGAUUCUAAAAUGGGUAUCAGUGCCCCUGCAUUGGAGUUUUUGCAAAAAGAUGUACUUUUAGCGGCCAAAACAUCUCUUUCUGAGCAUGGAAUUCUAGUUAUGAAUGUAAUUCCUCCAAAUGGGUCAUUCUAUGAUAUGCUGAUACAUGAAUUGCAAGAAGUGUUUGUGGAUUUGCAUGAAAUAGAUUGUGGGAACGGAGAGAAUUUUGUUCUUAUAGCCUCAAAGACAUCUGUCACUUGUAGUUCUGAAAAUGCGUUUCUGAGAAAGCUGAAGUCUGUUAUUUCAGGAACAUUUGUGGAUUCUAUCAGGAAAAUGUGAAGUUAAUGAUCAAUUCUUGUUGUGGGAUUCUGAUUUCAAGGUGCUAUGAUUUGAUUGAGAACACUCCAGUAUAUUUUUGCCAUGCUGUUAAUGGUUGCAUUUCUUAGUUUCUAUUGGAUAGUUUGGAAAGCAGAAUGCUAUAUGUAAGCUAUGUCCUAUGUGUAACAAGUGAUAUUUUGAGCAUGUGAACUGAGUUCAAGGGAUGAACAAAAAGAAGUAAUGUCUUUAACUUGUUAUAGGCCCUGAUAUUAACUGAAACUAAAAGUUUGAGAAUUUUCUUAGGUGAUAUUAUCAUGGUAACCCUGAGUUCAUUUAAUGAUCAUUUUAGAGAAGAUGUACAUAAACUCCAUGAUGCUUAUGCUGAAGCUUUGCAUAUACUACGUAUUUUUUUUGUUGGGGUGAUCAAAUCCAUCAAUCUCUAAAAUUUCAAGCAUAACCUUUGUCCUCAAUGUAAGUGUAUUGUUCCCGAAAGAGUUAUGGCAUAUUUUGUUCACCAAAUUUUCACUUCAAAUCAGACAAAAAAAAAAGUUUAGAUCAAAUCAGAAAAAUUAAGUUCAUAUCAUAUUAGAUCGUUUUAUGUGUUGUUUUCUAACGCUAAAUAUCUUUAACUUUAUCAUGAAAAAUUAUGAAAAUUACAUAUUAACAAAGUACACAUUAUUACGAAUCUAACAAGAUCCCCUUGAUAUUUUUUAUUCCUAUAAAUUAGCGUACAUAUAGUAAGGUUAAAGUUGAGUCAAAUGAGACAAUUAGAUCAGAAAAUAAGUCCAGAUAACAGAAAAAAAUAAGUUUAGCUCAGAUAAAACAUAAGGUGAAGUAAACAGGCCCUUACUUUUCCUCUUAUGGUUAAUUAAUGCAAUUUUAAAAUUUGAACCAAAUAAAUCUGGGUCGGGCUUUAGUGCUCAACUGGAGUAUGUUUCAUUUGUACCUUCAUUUUACUGGUUGCCUUUUCUUAUAUUUUCUUUUCCCCCUUUAUUCCUUUUAUUGUCUUUACAGUCUACAUAGCCUGUCCUAAAGAAAAUUUUAGGUCAAUUUAUUUUGUUGAUCUGUGACUGCAUCAUUAUUACAGUGGUUAAGCAUUAUAUAAGAGCUUCAAUCCCAACAUUGAACCCCAAUAUAUUCAGAUAAGAUCUGAU